UCUUCGUCGUUUGUUGGAUCAAGUAUAAAAGUACCGAUUGUCACCGGUGAUCGCAUUCACAUUUCGGCACAGACACGGCAACCAUCGCACGAUCACGCUAAACACAAUGGCAGCUAAGAUUUUCGUAAUUUGCACUUUGUUGGCCGUAGCCAACGCUGGCUACGUCGGAGUGCCCUCUGCCUUGCAGUAUCAAAUCGCACAGGUUCAUUCUCACGCUAUCACGUCAACAUCCGACAAUAUAUUACGUAGCCACGGUAAUUUAGCGCAAGUGGCCACGCAGACGAAGACCAUUGACACGCCGUUCUCCAGCUCGAGCAAAGCCGACAUUCGUGUAACUAAUCCAGCAGCAGUCACCUACGCUCAUCUUGCUCAUCCAUCUACCCCGUUAACAUACGCUGCCACGGCUACCGCUCCAGCGACUGCUCUCGGAGUCGCUUAUUCACCAGCUGUUGAGGUGUCCCAUAUGAGUUACAACAGCCCGAUCGGAAUAGCUUACGCCUAUUGAAAGUCGAUAAUCGCAUUCUCUAUGCCCUGACAUAUGUAUCAAAUUAAUAUAAAUAUAAAUAUAAUAUUUAUUCACGGCUAUAAUUUUGACACUUAUACAAUUGCUCGUGCAAUCAAUGAACGAUACUGCAUAUAAUUAUCCAAUAAAGAUUAUCUUUUAAUCUAA